GUCGAUGACCGCGUCGGCAAAAAAGACUCGAGUCCCUCAGUGCUAUUUCGGGAGAAAACACUCAGCGCUAUCAUAGCUAAAUCCCUUCAGAGAGUCGCGGUUGGGCAGCUGUUGGGGUCAACCGUCGAAGGUUAGCGAAACAGACGAGGUGUUGGGAAGUGUCGCUCCCUCCUCCUGCCCGCAGAGUUCACAGUUGCACUACUACAAUGUCAGCGGUGGCUUCUCUGCAGUAAGCAAAGCAAGGUUAUGCUGCCCAAAAGUUGCCUGAGUCCCAGUGAGAAAGAGAAGGGCUAACAACGCCACGACUGAUCCUGAGCAGCCGUUUCCAGAGCCUGUUUACCAAGCAGAGCCAUGAGCAACCACAAGCAGGUCACGGAUGACCCUGAGGUGUCGUCGACGCACCGGCCAGCGCAUCUGGACGAGGAUGACGAUGGCGAUCUGAACAAGGCAUUGGGAGUCGAGCGCUUCCAGCACAUUCUUAGACCGUCCACUUCUGUGCCUGACGAGCAGCAUCACAACUAUCAUGAAGAGGAUAUUGAAUACCACCGGCACUCAUCGCACCACAUCCACCGCCCUCUGUCCAAGCUGCCCCAGGACUUGCGGCGCAAAAAGGGCGGCAAGAAGCGGCGCAAGGACAAGGACCACAAAAUGGACCACGCCCCUGUGGAGGAAGCCGAGGAAGAGGAAGAGGAGGAGGAGGAAGGGCAGGAGGCCAGCGUCGGCUCCUCCGAGCCAACGAAAGUCACGGAUGUGGAGUUCUUCCUGUCCGACGACGACCACGUGGGCGCCCCCGCCCGAGAUCUGGACGUAGUCCCGCACUCCGCCGCUGGAGACCACCAUGACGACGGCACGUCCACCGACAAGCCGGAUUCGUCCCCAACCCCACAACAUCCGGACCACCCGCCGCUGGCCCGCCUGUCCUCGACCGGCCGCAGCUACGACCUGCAAGAUCGUCGGCGCACAGGCAACAUGACGGGUGCCGAGCAGGCCAAGUACCAGCGCAUCCCCACUGACGAGAGCGAGGCCCAGACGCUCGUCUCUGCCGACCUGGAUGGCAUCAAAAGCCACCGCUUUGAAGAUGUCCCCGGCGUGCGAAGACACCUGGUCCGAAAGAGCACCAAGGGACAGGUGGUGCACACAGGCAAAGACCACAAAGAGUCGGCAACUCGCGCACGCAAGCACGACCGCACCCCACACGAGGUGUUCGUGGAGUUGAACGAGUUAACCAUGGACAAGAACCAGGAAAUGCAGUGGAAGGAGACAGCCCGCUGGAUCAAGUUUGAGGAGGACGUGGAAGAGGAGACAGACCGUUGGGGGAAGCCGCACGUGGCUUCACUGUCCUUUCGGAGUCUCCUGGAGCUCCGAAAAACCAUCGCGCAUGGUGCGGUGCUGCUGGACCUGGAGCAAAAAACCCUGCCGGGCAUUGCCCACCAGGUGGUGGAAAAGAUGAUCAUUUCCGACCAGAUUAAAGCUGAGGAUCGCGCCAACGUUCUUCGGGCCCUGCUGCUCAAACACAGCCACCCGAGCGACGACAAGGAGCAGCACAGCAGCCCCUUCCCCAGGAACAUCUCGGCGGGCAGCCUGGGCAGCCUGAUGCCGCACCACCACACCUCCAACCACGCCGAACCGUCUGUCACCGACCCGCUGAUGAGCACCGCUCACGCGGCCGGCGACGGCGAAACGCGCAUCGACGUGGAAAAGAACGAAAAGGAGGCAAACAUAUCGUCGGGAAUGCAUCGCUCCAAGUCCAAACACGAGCUUAAAUUGUUGGAAAAGAUUCCGGAAAACGCCGAGGCCACGGUCGUGCUCGUCGGUAGCGUGGACUUCCUGGAGCAGCCCACCAUGGCGUUCGUGCGGCUGCAGGAAGCCGUGGAGCUUGAGUCGGUGCUAGAAGUGCCUGUGCCUGUCCGCUUCCUUUUCGUACUGCUAGGGCCCGCUACCACUAGCAUGGACUACCACCAGAUUGGACGCUCAAUUUCCACGCUCAUGUCAGACAAGCAAUUCCACGAAGCGGCCUACCUAGCCGACGACCGUCAGGACCUCCUCAACGCCAUCAACAGCUUUCUGGACUGCAGCAUCGUUUUACCCCCGUCGGAGAUGGGCGGCGACGAGCUCCUCCGCUCCGUGGCGCGAUUCCAGCGCGAAAUGUUGCGAAAACGCCAAGAAGGAAAACUCUUAGCGGACGAACCCAAAAGCCCUGAGGAAAAAGAAGCCCUCAUUGCUCCUUCCAAGAAAUCUGACGACCCGUUGGAGCGCACCGGGCGACCCUUCGGCGGGCUGAUCCGAGACGUGAGGCGGCGCUACCCGGCGUACGUCAGCGACUUCAAGGACGCACUCAACAGCCAGUGCAUGGCCGCCGUUAUUUUCAUUUACUUCGCCGCGUUGUCGCCCGCCAUCACCUUCGGGGGACUUCUGAGUGAGAAGACGGAAGGGUUAAUCGGAGUGUCGGAGUUGAUCGUCUCCACCGCCGUGCAGGGAGUCAUCUUUUGCUUACUUGGAGCGCAGCCGCUCUUGGUCGUGGGCUUUUCAGGGCCGCUUUUGGUCUUUGAAGAAGCUUUUUACUCGUUCUGCAAGUCGAGCGACAUGGAGUACUUAACGGGUCGCGUCUGGAUCGGCGCGUGGUUGGUGGUCAUCGCGCUGGUCACGGUGGCCUUGGAAGGCAGCUUCUUGGUGCGCUUCGUGUCGCGCUUCACGCAGGAGAUCUUCUCCUUCCUCAUUUCACUCAUCUUCAUCUGCGAGACCUUUCUGAAGCUCGGCAGGAUCUUCAAAGCGCACCCUCUGACGCGCUGUUCCUUCGACCCGCCUCCGAACGACACGACGCCUUUUAACGUGUCAAAUGUCACGAUUCCGCCGCCGCUCAACAUCAGCGGCGUUCCCGACACUCCCGCCCCGAUUAAGCAACCCAACACGGCGCUUCUCUCGCUGGUUCUCAUGGCCGGAACGUUCUUCAUCGCCUUCUACCUACGCAAGUUCAAGAACAGCGCUUUCUUCCCUGGAAGAUUGCGCAGAAUUAUCGGCGAUUUCGGGGUGCCCAUCGCCAUCCUCAUCAUGGUGCUGGUGGACAACAGUUUAGAAGACACGUACACUCAAAAACUGAACGUUCCUAGUGGAUUUUCGGUGACCAGGCCGGACAAGCGCGGCUGGAUCAUCAGCCCAUUGGGGAGUGACGGCAAGUUCCCCGUUUGGAUGAUGUUCGCCUGCUGCCUGCCUGCUUUGCUGGUCUUCAUCCUUAUCUUCAUGGAGACGCAGAUCACCACGCUAAUCGUGAGCAAAAAGGAGCGCAUGUUGGUAAAGGGUUCGGGCUUCCACCUGGAUUUACUGCUGAUUGUGGCGCUGGGCGGCGCCUCGGCGCUCUUCGGCCUGCCGUGGAUGGCGGCGGCCACCGUGCGCUCGGUCACGCACGUCAACGCUCUGACCGUCAUGAGCAAGGCGGUGGCGCCGGGAGACAAGCCGCGCAUCCAAGAGGUCAAGGAGCAGCGUGUCACGGGACUCCUGGUGGCCGUCAUGGUUGGUUUGUCCAUCGUGAUCGGGGACCUCCUGCGGAAAAUCCCGCUAGCCGUGCUGUUCGGAAUCUUCCUCUACAUGGGCGUCAUGUCGCUCAACGGCAUUCAAUUGAGCGAGCGCAUGAUGCUCCUACUCAUGCCGCCGAAGUACCACCCGGACCACAGCUACGUCCGAAAAGUUCGAACGCUGCGUAUGCAUUUGUUCACGUGCAUUCAAGCGGUGUGUCUGGCAGUGCUGUGGGCCGUCAUGUCCACGCAAGCGUCGCUGGCCUUCCCGUUCGUGCUCAUCCUCACCGUGCCCGUUAAGAUGUUCCUGCUGCCGCGCAUCUUCACCGCUCGCGAGAUGCUAUGCUUGGACGCGGACGACGCCGAGCCGACGUUCGACGAGCGCGAGUGUCACGACGAGUACUCGGAGAUGCACAUGCCCGUCUAACCCCUUGUAGCGCCACCUAUCGGGCGGCCCCCUUUGGCACACAUCACCUGCUGCCUACCUUAUGUUUUUUUUUGUUUUAAUAUUAUUAGAAUGUAUUUCAGGGGACACCAAAUCAAACGACGUAACCAUUUACGCUCCGUCAACGCAGAUCGAUUUCAUAUUUUAUCAUCCCUGAAAGUUUUGCUCUGAUUCACAUUGAAUAUGUGACGAACGUACGGUCAAGUUUCCGCUCCGUUCAACACGCCGCCUUACCAACGAGUGCCUUAUAUGAAGGAACUACUAAAGUGCGUACGCCUCGCUUUUCACUUUACUCGACUCUCGUAGCACUUUUUUGUAAUAUCUAGACCACCAAAAUAAAAUGACUGCGACUCACUGUAAACGUUUUCAAGCCCUUGAUGCCUCAAUUUACGUUUAACAAAUAUACAUCUAACUCUAAAAGUAUCGAAGGAGUACAUAAGUACAUGAAAAUUAUAAUAAAAAUGUAUAUAUCUAUAUACGUAUAUAUCUAUUGAAAAACACAACUACAAACCUGAAAAUCCUAAAUUGAAAAAGGUAUUAAAAAAAAUAAAAAUAAAAGAAAAUAUAGAAAAUUAAUUCAUAAUUUUAAAAAAGCCUAAAAAUUAAACCUAAUAAAAAAUAAAAUAUUGAAAAUUAAUUUUAAAAAUACAAUUUUAAGCAGACAUUUCAAAAUAAAUAAUAAAUAAAAAAGUUUUUAAAAAUAUAGAAAAUUCUAUGGAGCAAUACAACGACAAAUCUGAAAAUCCUAAAUUGAAAAAGGUAUAAAAAAAAUUAAAAAUAAAAGAAAAUAUAGAAAAUUAAUUCAUAAUUUAAAAAAGCCUAAAAAUUAAAUGUAAUAAAAAAUAAAAUAUUGAAAAUUAAUUUUAAAAAAAUACAAUUUUAAGCAGACAUUUCAAAAUAAUAAAUAAAAAAAGUUUUUAAAAUAUAGAAAAUUCUAUGGAGGAAUACAACGACAAAUCUGAAAAUCCUAAAUUGAAAAAGGUAUAAAAAAAAAAGAAAAAGAAAAGAAAAUAUAGAAAAUGAAUUCAUAAUUUUAAAAAAGCCUAAAAAUCAAACCUAAUAAAAAAGAAAACAUUGAAAAUCAAUUAAAAAAAUAGAAUUUUAAGCAGACAUUUCAAAAUAAAUAAUAAAGAAAACAGUUUUAAAAAUAUAGAAAAUUCUACGGAGAAAUACAACUACAAAUCUGAAAAUCCUAAAUAAAAAAGGAAUUAAAAGUUAAAAAGAAAAAGAAAAUAUAGAAAAUUAAUCCAUAAUUUUAAAAAAACCUAAAAAUUAAACCUAAUAAAAAAAAAUAGAAAAUAUUAAAAAUUUGUUUAAAAAAUACAAUUUUAAGCUAAGACCUUUAAAAAUAAAUAAUUUAAAAAAAAAAAAAAUUUUUAGAUAUAGAAAAUUUGAAAUUUAAAACUAAAAACCUGAAAAUGUUAAAAAAAGGCACAAAUAAAAAGAAAAUAUAGAAAAUUAAUUCAUAAUAAAAAACUAAAAAUUAUACCUAAUAAGAAAUUAAAAGAAAAUAUUGAAAAUUAAUUUCAAAAAUUUAAGCUAGGACAUUUAAAAAUACAAAAUAAAAUAGUUUCAAAAAUAUUUAAAAUUCUAUUGAAAAAUACAACUAAAAAUCUGAAAAUCCUAAAUUAAAAAAGUACAAAAAGUUUAAAAAAUAAAUAGAAGAAAAUGUAGAAAAUUAAUCAUAAAAUUUAAACCAUUUAAAAAAUAUAUUGAAAAUAGAAGAAAAUACUGAAAAAUAAUUAAAAGAAAAUAAAUUUAACCGAAGACAUUGAGAAAAUUAAAUAUUAUUUUGAAAGUAUAAAAUCUUUUUUUUUUUUUUUUUUUAUUUGACGAUUUUCAAAUGUUUAGCUUUAUUUUUCAAUUUUUUCAUUUAAAGUUUUUUAGUUAAUAGUGUGUUUUAUGUACUUUUGUAUUGCUUUAUGUAUAUUUUUCCACUCUUUAUCUGCCAUUGACGGCGUUAGACGCCCAAUCCAUUUGAAGCUGCCAUCCCUCCCGCUUCAGAUGGACUACUCGUGAUAAACUCGUGUCAAUUCACAGCAGACGGACGAUUGGACGUCUAUGAUCGUCCAUGGCACUGAAAAAGUUAACGUCAAUUCAGGCAUCAAGAAUUUUGAGACGUCCUUUCCACAAGUACUAAAACCUAGUCAGAAACACGAAUAUAGUCAGAAUAGCCACCAGAGGGAGACAAAGUCAGUUUAAAGUCUCUAUUUUUCUUUAUUUGAGCAAUUAUUAGGAUUUAUUAUAAACGUUAAGUGCAUUUAUCACAAGUUUUGAGGGGUUGGAAGUAGUUAUUCGUGCCAAACAUUCCACCCUAAACGUUGUCGUUACUUAAUCCAAAAUAUGAAAAAAAUGGUGUCCUGUUACUCGAGUUUGUUGUGACAUCACCCCAAAAAAAGUGCCUACGGGACCACAAAGUGGUGAGACGAAUACUGGGGUCUUAAAAAAAAAAAUACGAAUGUAGUUUUAAUAUUUCUUUGUGGUGAAAUUGUUGUUUCGUGUAAGUCUGGAUUAUUGUGGAAAACAAGAGGCCACUACUGAAGCUCCCGUGUACAUUUGACACCUCAAAUAUUGAUGAAAAAUAAAGGUUAUUUUCUAUUUA